AUGUGCGCUGAGUGCGGGAAAAGCUUUGGGCAAAGCUCAACCCUUAUCAGACACCAGAGAAUCCACACAGGGGAGACGCCCUACACGUGCUCUGAGUGCGGAAAAAGCUUCAGGUUGAGCUCUCACCUUAUCAGACAUGAGAGAAUCUACAGAAGGGAGACGCCCUACACGUGCUCUGAGUGCGGGAAAAGCUUCAAUCGGCGCUCAAACCUUAUCGCACAUCAGAGAAUCCACACAGGGGAGACGCCCUACAUGUGCGCUGAGUGCGGGAAAAGCUUUGGGCAAAGCUCAACCCUUAUCAGACACCAGAGAAUCCACACAGGGGAGACGCCCUACACGUGCUCUGAGUGCGGAAAAAGCUUCAGGUUGAGCUCUCACCUUAUCAGACAUGAGAGAAUCUACAGAAGGGCCGGGGGGGGCGCUGGGGGGGCUGGCACCCCAGGGGCCCUGAGGCCCUACGAAUGCUGUGAGUGUGGGAAAACCUUCAGUCGCCGAUCAGACCUUUCUAAACAUCAGAGAAUCCACAAAGGGGACAGGCCCUACGAAUGCCGUGAGUGUGGGAAAAGCUUCACUAGCAGCUCAGACGUUUCUAAACAUCAGAGAAUCCACACAGGGGACAGGCCCUACGAAUGCCUUGAGUGUGGGAAAAGCUUCACUAGCAGCUCACACCUUUCUGAACAUCAGAGAAUCCACACGGGGGAAAGGCCCUACGAAUGCCGUGAGUGUGGGAAAAGCUUCACUCAAAGAUCAAACCUUUCUGAACAUCAGAGAAUCCACACGGGGGACAGGCCCUACGAAUGCCAUGAGUGUGGGAAAACCUUCAAUCGUAGAUCAGCCCUUUCUGUUCAUCAGAGAAUCCACACAGGGGACCGGCCCUACAAAUGCAGUGAGUGUGGGAAAACCUUCACUCAAACAUCAACCCUUUCUGUUCAUCAGAGGAGCCACACAGGGGACAGGCCCUACGAAUGCCGUGAGUGUGGAAAAACCUUCUCUUGCAGCUCAAACCUUUCUCAGCAUCAGAGAAUCCACACAGGGGAGAGGCUCUAUGAAUGCCGUGAGUGUGGGAAAACCUUCACUCCCAGAUCAGGCCUUUCUAAACAUCAGAGAAUCCACACAGGGGAGAGGCCUUACGAAUGCUGUGAGUGUGGGAAAACCUUCAUUUACAGAUCAGCCCUUUCUCAGCAUCAGAGAAUCCACACAGGGGAGAGGCCCUAUGAAUGCUGUGAGUGUGGGAAAACCUUCAUUUACAGAUCAGGCCUUUCUCAGCAUCAGAGAAUCCACACAGGGAAGAGGCCCUAUGAAUGCCGUGAGUGCGGGAAAACCUUCAAUCGCAGCUCAAACCUUAUUACUCAUCAGACAAUCCACACAGACGAGAGGCCCUAUGAAUGCAGUGAGUGUGGGAAAAGCUUCUCUAGCAGCUCAGCCCUUUCUCAGCAUCAGAGAAUCCACACAGGGGAGAGGCCCUAUGAAUGCAGUGAGUGUGGGAAAACCUUCAUUUACAAAUCAGGCCUUUCUCAGCAUCAGAGAAUCCACACAGGGAAGAGGCCCUACGAAUGCCGUGAGUGUGAGAAAACCUUCAUUUACAGAUCAGCCCUUUCUGUUCAUCAGAGAAUCCACACAGGGGAGAGGCCCUAUGAAUGCCGUGAGUGCGGGAAAACCUUCAAUCGCAGCUCAAACCUUAUUACUCAUCAGAGAAUCCACACAGAUGAGAGGCCCUAUGAAUGCAGUGAGUGUGGGAAAAGCUUCUGUAGCAGCUCAGCCCUUUCUAAACAUCAGAGAAUCCACACAGGGGAGAGGCCCUUUGAAUGCAGUGAGUGUGGGAAAAGCUUCACUCACAGCUCUCACCUUAAUGGGCAUCAGAGAAUCCACACAGGAGAGAGGCCCUAUGUAUGCCGUGAGUGUGGGAAAACUUUCAAUCACAGCUCGCACCUUCUUACCCAUCUCAGAACCCACACAGGGGAGAGGCCCUAUAAAUGCCGUGAGUGUGGGAAAAACUUCAUUUACCGCCAGCAGCUUAUCAGCCAUCAGAGAAUCCACACAGGGGACAGGCCCUACGAAUGCCGUGAGUGUGGGAAAAGCUUCACUCAAAGAUCAAACCUUUCUAGACAUAAGAGAAUCCACACAGGGGACAGGCCCUACGAAUGCCAUGAGUGUGGGAAAACCUUCAAUCGCAGAUCAGCCCUUUUUACCCAUCAGAGAAUCCACACAGGGGACAGGCCCUACAAAUGCCGUGAGUGUGGGAAAACCUUCAUUUGCAGAUCAGGCCUUUCUCGGCAUCAGAGAAUCCACACGGGGGACAGGCCCUACGAAUGCCGUGCGUGUGGGAAAACCUUCACUCGAAUAUCAACUCUUUCUGUUCAUCAGAGAAUCCACACAGGGGAGAGGCCCUAUGAAUGCCGUGAGUGCGGGAAAAGCUUCUCUAGCAGCUCAGCCCUUAUUCAGCAUCAGAGAAUCCACACAGACGAGAGGCCCUAUGAAUGCAGUGAGUGUGGGAAAAGCUUCUGUAGCAGAUCAGGCCUUUCUCAGCAUCAGAGAAUCCACACAGGGAAGAGUCCCUAUGAAUGCCGUGAGUGUGGGAAAAGCUUCUCUAGCAGCUCAGCCCUUAUUCAGCAUCAGAGAAUCCACACAGGGGAGAGGCCCUAUGAAUGCCGUGAGUGUGGGAAAAGCUUCUCUAGCAGCUCAGCCCUUUCUAAACAUCAGAGAAUCCACACAGGGGAGAGGCCCUAUGAAUGCCGUGAGUGUGGGAAAACCUUCAAUUGCCGCUCAAACCUUAUUAUUCAUCAGAGAAUCCACACAGGGGAGAGGCCCUAUGAAUGCCGUGAGUGUGGGAAAAGCUUCUAUAGCAGCUCAGCCCUUUCUAAACAUCAGAGAAUCCACACAGACGAGAGGCCCUAUGAAUGCAGUGAGUGUGGGAAAAGCUUCUAUAGCAGCUCAGCCCUUUCUAAACAUCAGAGAAUCCACACAGGGGAGAGGCCCUUUGAAUGCAGUGAGUGUGGGAAAAGCUUCACUCACAGCUCUCACCUUAAUGGGCAUCAGAGAAUCCACACAGGAGAGAGGCCGUAUGUAUGCCGUGAGUGUGGGAAAACUUUCAAUCACAGCUCGCACCUUCUUACCCAUCUCAGAAUUCACACAGGGGAGAGGCCCUACGAAUGCACAGAGUGUGGAAAAAACUUAUGUGACUACUCAGCCCUUCUUAAUCAUCAGAGAAUCCACACAGGGGAAAGGCCCUAUGAAUGCUGUGAGUGUGGGAAAACCUUCAAUCGCAGAUCAGACCUUUCUGAACAUCAGAGAAUCCACACAGGGGACAGGCCCUACGAAUGCCGUGAGUGUGGGAAAAGCUUCAAUCGCAUAUCAGCCCUUUCUAGACAUCAGAGAAUCCACACAGGGGACAGGCCCUACGAAUGCCGUGAGUGUGGGAAAACCUUCAAUCGCAGAUCAGCCCUUUCUGUUCAUCAGAGAAUCCACACAGGGGACAGGCCCUACGAAUGCCGUGAGUGUGGGAAAACCUUCAGUCGCAGCUCAGACGUUUCUAAACAUCAGAGAAUCCACACAGGGGACAGGCCCUACGAAUGCCAUGAGUGUGGGAAAAGCUUCACUCAAAGAUCAAACCUUUCUGAACAUCAGAGAAUCCACACGGGGGAAAGGCCCUACGAAUGCCGUGAGUGUGGGAAAAGCUUCACUCAAAGAUCAAACCUUUCUGAACAUCAGAGAAUCCACACGGGGGACAGGCUCUACGAAUGCCAUGAGUGUGGGAAAACCUUCAAUUGUAGAUCAGCCCUUUCUGUUCAUCAGAGAAUCCACACAGGGGACCGGCCCUACAAAUGCAGUGAGUGUGGGAAAACCUUCACUCAAACAUCAACCCUUUCUGUUCAUCAGAGGAUCCACACAGGGGAGAGGCCCUACGAAUGCCCUGAGUGUGGAAAAAGCUUCUCUCGGAGCUCAAACCUUACUAUGCAUCAGAGGAUCCACACAGGAGAGAGACCCUAUGAAUGCAGUGAGUGCGGGAAAAGCUUCACUCACCUCUUCUCUCUUAUGUCUCACAAGAGAGUCCACACAGGAGAGAAACCCUAUGAAUGCAGUGAGUGCGGGAAAAGCUUCUCUCGGAGCUCAACCCUUGUUACACAUUACAGAGUCCACACCGGAGAGAGACCAUAUGAAUGCUGCGAGUGUGGGAAAAGCUUCACUCAUAGCUCAGCCCUUUCUAUACAUCAGAGAAUCCACACAGGGGACAGGCCCUAUGAAUGCAGUGAGUGUGGGAAAAGCUUCAAUCGCAGUUCGCACCUUAUUAGGCAUCAAACAAUCCACAGAGGAGAGAGGCCCUAUGACUGCCAUGAGUGUGGGAAAUGCUUCACUAGCAGCUCAAACCUUUCUCAACAUCAGAGCAUCCACACAGGGGAGAGGCCCUUUGAAUGCCGUGAGUGUAGGAAAACCUUCAAUCACAGUUCGCACCUUAUUAGGCGUCAGAAAAUCCACACAGGGGAGAGGCCCUAUGAAUGCAGUGAGUGUGGGAAAACCUUCAACAAUGGAUCGUACCUUAUUACACGCAAGAGAAUUAACCUGGAAGAGACACGCUACAGAUGCCAUAAGUGUGGGAAAAGCUUCAAUCAGAGCUCAACUCUUCUCACACAUUGGAGAACCCACACUGGAGAGAAACCCUACAUGUGCUCUGAGUGCGGGAAAAGCUUCAUUCGGAGCUCUGCCCUGAUCACACAUCGGAGAAUCCACACAGGUGAGAAACCUUAUGGAUGCUCUGAGUGUGGGAAACACUUCAGUCAGAGGCCACACCUUACCACACAUCAGACAAUCCACACGGGCGAGAAACCUUAUGAAUGCUCUGAGUGUGGGAAACGCUUCAUUGAUAGUUCAACCCUCAUCUCACAUCAUAGAAUCCACACAGGAGAGACGCCUUACACAUGCGCUGAAUGCGGGAAAAGCUUCAGUCAGAGCUCAAACCUUAUCAAACAUAGGAGAAUCCACACAGGUGAGAAACCUCAUGGAUGCUCUGAGUGUGGGAAACACUUCAUUCAUCGUUCAGCCCUCAUCUCACAUCAGAGAAUCCACACAGGAGAGAAGCCCCACAUAUGCUCAGAGUGCGGGGAAAGCUUCAAUCAGAACUCUACCCUGAUUGCACAUCAGAGAAUCCACACAGGAGAGAGACCCUACACAUGCUCUGAGUGUGGGAAAAGCUUCAAUCAGAGCUCAAACCUUAUUAAACAUCAGAAAAUCCACACAGGAGAAAGACCCUAUGAAUGCUGUGAGUGCGGGAAGAAGUUCACUCUGAGCUCAUUCCUUAUUAAUCAUCAGAGAAUGCACACAGGAGAGCGCCCCUAUACCUGCUGUGAGUGCGGGCAAACGUUCGCUCAGAGCUCAGCCCUAUUUAAACAUGAGAAGAUCCACACGGGAGAGCGCCCCUAUGAAUGCUCUGAGUGCGGGAAACAAUUCAUUGAGAAAUCAACAUUUAUUAAACAUCAGAAAAGCCACACAGGACAGAGACCCUAUGAAUGUUGUGAGUGCGGGAAACAGUUCAGUGACAAAUCAAGUCUUACUAAACAUCAGACAAGCCACACAGACGAGAGACCCUACGAGUGCUGUGAGUGCGGGAAAAGCUUCACGCGGAGCUCAUCCCUUAUUAGACAUCAGAGGAUCCACACCGGAGAGAAACCGUAUAAAUGCUUUGAGUGUGGGAAAAGUUUCACUUUCAAAUCAAACCUUAAUAUACAUAAAAGGAUCCACACAGGAGAGCGCCCCUAUGAAUGUUGUGAGUGCGGGAAACAGUUCACAUGGAGCACAGCCUUUCUUAAACAUCGGAGAAUCCACACAGAAGAGGAGCCCUAUGAAUGCUGUGAGUGUGGGAAAACGUUCCCUCAGAGCUCAGCCCUUCUUAAACAUCAGAAAAUCCACACAAGAGAGAGACACUAUGUGUGCUGUGAGUGUGGGAAAAACUUUACUCGGCGCUCAUCCUUUAUUAGACAUCAAAGGAUUCACACAGGAGAGAGACCGUAUAAAUGCUGUGAGUGUGGGAAAAGCUUCGUUUUCAAAUCAAACCUUAAUAAACAUCAGAGAAUCCAUACAGGAGAGCGCCCCUACAAAUGCUGUGAGUGUGGGAAACAGUUCAGUGAGAAAUCAAACCUUAUCAUACAUCAGACAGGCCACACAGGAGAUAGACCCUAUGAAUGCUGUGAAUGCGGGAAAAAGUUCACUCAGAGCUCAGGCCUCUUUCAUCAUCAGAGAAUGCACACAGGAGAGCGACCCUACACAUGCUGUGAGUGCGGGAAAAAGUUUACGCAGAGAUCAGGCCUCUUUCAUCAUCAGAGAAUCCACACUGGAGAGCGCCCCUAUGAGUGCUCUGAGUGUGGGAAAAAGUUCACUCAGAGCUCAGGCCUUAUUAAUCAUCAGAGAAUCCACACAGGAGAGCGCCCCUAUACGUGCUCUGAGUGCGGGAAAACAUUCCCUCAUAACUCAGCCCUUAUUAAACAUCAGAGGAUCCACACAGGAGAGAAACCAUAUGAAUGCUGUGAGUGUGGGAAAAGCUUCACUGAGAAGUCAUCCCUUAUUAGACAUCAGAGGAUCCACACAGGAGAGAGACCAUAUGAAUGCAGUGAGUGUGGGAAAAGGUUCACUUUCAAAUCAGACCUUAAUAAUCAUCAGAGGAUCCACACAGGAGAGCGCCCCUAUGAGUGCUGUGAGUGCGGGAAACAGUUCACUUGGAGCACAGGGCUUACUAUUCAUCGGAGAAUCCACACAGGAGAGCGACCCUACACAUGCUGUGAGUGUGGGAAAAAGUUCACUCAGAGCUCAAGUCUCAUUAAUCAUCAGAGGAUCCACACACGAGAGCAGCCUGUGAGUGCGGGAAAGGUUUGAUCUGGAGCUCACACCUUAAUACAGUAACUCCUCGCUUAAUAUUAUAGUUCUAUUUCUGAAAAAUGCUACUUUAAGUGAAACAAUGUUAA